CUUUGUGAACCAUUUUAGAGAUGGGUAAACUGAGGCAUGCAAAGGCCACAUGACAGAGUGUGAGGCAAUAAGGAAUAGAACCCAGGAGUCACUGCUCAAACCCAUCGAGCUGCACUCCCUCCCUCAAGAGGACAUUGCAGAAUAAUGCUACAUACUGUUUCCAUUUAAACAAUAACAAUACUUGUAUAGAUAGUGCUGCUCAUCAGUAGAUCUCAAAUCGUCCUGCCAUGACUGGUGAGCAUCAUUUUACAAAUAGAGAACCUGAGACUCAGGGAAGUUCACUAGACUUACCCAGAGUCACACAGCCAAUCAGUGGCAGAGCUAGAAAGAGGCCCCAGGGAAUAGGGGUCCUAGUCUGAGCUCCAGUCCGGGUUCAGUCCACCCUACUGUUAUUCCCCCACUGCUUAAGGUUAUGGCACCAGCCAAGCACCCAUGUAAGAACCAGUUCUACAAAUACAGAUAAUGUGCUUAAUUAUGACACUGAGUCAUUUCUCCCUUUUUGCCGCAGUUGUGUCCUUCCCACAACUCGACAGCCACUGGCAUAGCCUCACCUUUUCUUGACCUGUACAAUGAUUUCUAAUUCCUCUACCUGUAUCCAGCAUUGAAAGAUAGUAACAGUCCAUAUUUAAUUAGGUAAAAGUGCUGGCUAGAAGAAUGAAAGUGAAAGUCCCUUGGUGUUACGAUGGGAAAUCCCGUGCUUUCAUUUCAUUUCAUACCCGAGCUCAAAGAUAAACAACACGAAGCAGUAAAAUCGCAGCUUCCACUCACCUGCCAGGCUAUGAAAACAACCCCAUGGGUGAAGCAUCUGCAGAAUAAACUGGAGUGGGAAAGUUUAUAGCUUACAGCUGAACUCCUCCUCUUGCAAGAUUCCCAGCUGCUGAAAGUGACUUUACGAGGGAACGAAGCAGUCACGGAUCGAAAACUUGUUUUGGAUGCUUGUCAGCUUUCAGAAUAAUACCAAACACUGGAUAUCUGCAGCAUCUUUCACCUCAGGAGCUCAGACAUCUGAGACGCCUGAUGGGCUCCCUCCAGAAAACAGCUGUCUGCCUCCUGUUCCUGUUUUUCUCAAGUGCCUCCCAUAGCAAACUUGUAACCUUCAUCUGCAGUGAUGUCAAGACAGAAUAUAACGAAACGGCAGCAAUUUCAUGUUUUGGCAAAAAUAAGAUUACAAACAUGGUAGUUAAGCGCUGUGAAAACUGUAAUGAACAGAACUCGUGCUCAGAAAGUUUUAUUAACACGUGGAAAGGAAAGGAUUCCAGUGAAAAGGGAAGAAUUCAGUUGGUGCUACAACACAGCGUUUCUGAAUUGCACAUACAGGCAGUAAAAGCAACUGAUCAAGGAGGUUAUAAAUGGCAUAUUUAUUCUGAUGCUGGGGAAGACGAUGGAUGUAUAACCCUUGAGAUUACAGCUCCAGAAAUUGAGCCUAUCCUAACUAGAAACGGAAGAAAGCUCGCCUGUCUGUCAUCUAUAGGGCAUCGAGAAAGGCAGAUCCAUUGGUUCGAUGGCCACGGGACUAACCUGACGGGCAGGGCAAGCCUGGUAUCUAAGGAAGCAGAAGGUGGUUUAACCAGCCUUACCAGCACUCUCCAUGAGAAACCCAACUUAACUGCCUCCGAGUAUUGCUGCACUGUGCUGUAUGAUGUGCACACCAAGAGAAACAAAACCAAGUGCAUUAGUGCCCACAAAGCAGUCGCCGAUUACCUUCGUUUUACUUCAACCGCAGAUCAGGAGAUUCCGAAGACCACGAAAGAUCAGGAAAUUCCGAAGACCAUGAAAGAGCACAUUCCCAUCAUUCUAGUGCUCAUCGUUCUGGUUCUCUGCUGUUUUGCAGCUGUUCUAUACUACAGGCACCGCCAGCGAGCAAUGGCCAGAGAGAGUUUUGCAGACCUAUUAAAGACCCUCCUUCCAAUUUUGAGACAACGUAAGCCUUUCUAUUGUUCAUACUUUAUCUAAUCAUGGGUCAAGUUCAUCCAGUGUGUAAUUCAGCUGAAAUUAGUGGUGUUGUGCCAGGGUUGAAUUUAGCCCAAUAUCUAUGGGAUGUGAUUGCUUUGUUACAUUUUAGUGCCCUUCACAAUGAAAAGCUGAUAAGAACCCAAUGUCGUGCCUUGCAUGGACUGGUUAUAUGUGCUUCUCCCCUGCAGCCCUGCCAAAUACACCUCAGUUCUGACCUGCAGCAAUCCAAGUGAAUAUAUUCCAGGAGCACACAUAGCUGUGUACCUAACUCCUGAUCUGAAGCACCCACUGCCAGUCCUGGGACACCAUACAGCUCAGCUGAUGGACCCCGGACCUCCUUUUUCAGUGCUGCCACCCUCCCCCAAUUACUCCUUAAAACCGCCACACAGCUCUACCCACGCAUGUUAAACC